AUGACGAGAAAAGUACUUUCGAUUCAAUCGCAUGUAGUUCAUGGCUACGUUGGCAACAAGGCAGCCAAUUUUCCUUUGCAAUAUCGUGGAUGGGACGUGGAUGCUCUCAACACCGUUCAAUUUUCAAAUCAUCCUGGAUAUGGUCAUUUCAACGGUUUUCGAUCUCAAGCUAAAGAUCUUCGGGACAUCAUUGAAAAGGGUCUUAUAAAAGGUCUGGAACUUAAGUACGACGCAAUUCUCACUGGGUACCUACCAGAUCCAGAAGCGCUGCGUGAAAUCGGCGAUGUGGUCGCAAAUUUAUGUGAAAGUGACGCAAACAUUAAAUGGGUCCUGGACCCUGUUCUGGGUGACAAUGGCAAGCUAUACGUAUCCCCAGAGGCUGUCCCAGCCUACAAGGACAUUCUUACCAAAGGAAAUGUCUUUUUGGCCACUCCGAAUCAAUUCGAGAUGGAAAUCUUGACUGACGUUCCUAUCACAGAUCUCCGCGCUCUCAAAAGUGCAAUAACACGUUUCCACGAACUGUAUCCCAAGGUUUUGCAUGUGGUGGUCACAAGUGUCACUUUCAGCUCGCUCAGCGACAAUACCAUACUGUGCGCCUGCAGCGAGCCCUCAGAUCCAAGCUCAGCUCGCUACUUCAACGUUCGCAAGAUUGAUGUCCAUUUUAGCGGCACCGGAGAUCUGUGUUGUGCACUACUACUAGACGUGCUUUUACGUCAAGCUUCCAGUCUUGCCGGAGCCGUCAACGAGGUCUUGUCGCUGGUUGACAAAAUUUUGAUAAGAACAUUGGAGCUACACAUACAGCAAGAUCCAACCAAAGAGAAACAUCCUACAAAGAUAAAUGAUUUAAGACUGAUAGAAUCGCGGGAUCUCUUGGACGAACCAGCACAAAAUAGGUAUACACCGAUGCCUUUAUAG